AUUACUCUUGAUGCUGGCGGGUGUCCACAUCCUUUCAUCAGCGAAAGCCUCUAUCCAUAUACUCAAGGCUUCUACGCAGGCCGCAACUGCGCAAAGAAUCCUCUCGACACCACCGGCCAUGGCUCCAAAUGCUGCGUCCCCUGUCCAUUAUCUGACUGGGUAAACUCGUCCAGCUUCCCCGGUCUCACAGAUGGCGCAGCAUGGGUAAAUGUCGUCGGCUUCAUCCUCUGCGGCUUCCUCCUUCUCUCCUACGCUGUUCUCCCAGCAUCAGCAACCCGACGUUCAUUCUUGAAUGUCGCUCUUCUGGCCGGCAUCAUGAUCAUGGAAAUGGGCUUUAUCGUUCCACUAGCUCAAGAACCUGAACAAUGCUUUGAUCCCGUGACGCCUAAUGAUAUCCACAGCAGUACUUCUUGUGCUGCUACGGGUGGUAUGGUGGUGUUUGGGGGUAUGUUGACGGUGUGUUGGAUCGUGGUUCGGUCCGUGUUCAUGCACCUCCAAAUCUGCUGGGAUAUCGUUCCUGGGCGCGUUUCCAUCAUUGCUGCGAAUGUUGCGGCGUGGUCGGUUACUAUCGCGUUGACGGCUGCAUGUCUUGCUCACGUGGGUGUCUCCUACCGCUUUGGCGAUUAUUGUCAUGUCAAUAUUGGAAGCACGUCUACGUACUGGGGUUGGAUGAUCGGCUUCGGAGCACUGGCUUUACUCAUCCAAGUCGCCACGUUUGUGUACUGCGCCAAAGUGUAUCUGACAGCUGCGAUGCAUGGACGAGCUCCUCCCUCAGGCAGCAACGCGACAAACUCUGUCAAAUCAGCUUCUAGCAAACGGCAAGCCUGGACUGCUGUACGUCGCCUCAGACAAGUUUUGCUGCUUCAAUGGCGAUCGUUGGCCAUAGUCGCCUUGGCCAUUUUCGUCAUUGCCUUCGUGUGUAUCAUUUUCAUAUUCAAAGUGGACGCAUACACGACCAGUACUUUCGACGACACAUCCAAAGUCAUCCCAUGGGUCCUUUGUAUCCUGCAACAACACAACACAGAUAAAUGUCUCCCCGACAUCCAGAAACUGAUUCUUCCACAAUCAAUGGCGGUGGCUGUGUUAUACGUCAUUGCUUUUGUCGGCGUAGAGGCUUUUAUCCUCUUGUUCAAGUUUGAGAUCUUUAGGGCGUGGUGGAGGUUCCUCAAGUCGCCGUUC